GACCCAACCAAUGAUGGCAUUAUCGUAGUUUAGGCAAGAAUUCGGUGGCAAUAAGUAAAGAAAGCAAAAGAGAGGGACACAGAGAUAACGCAGGGUCCAGCUAUGGCGAUUUCCACACUACUACCCUUCUUCACUCUCUCUUCUUCUUCUUCUUCAGCUCCACCAAGGAUUGAGAUAGGAGCUGGAAAUUCAUGGAGGCUGAGUUGUUCUAUUCGCUCGCAGGUAAUGUCGAAAAUGCAGAAGGAUGGUCGUGGCCGGCGAGUAUGGCGGCGAAGAAAAUUGACGAAGAAGGAUGACGUGUUGCGCUACCAAAUGGAGCGAGUUCCUUUCCUUGAGGAGCAGGAGAGGAAGAUAAAGGAAUCGGGAAAGGUAAUGACUAUGGACAUUGAAAGAUUGUUGCUAUCAGAGGAGAACCGGUUUGCUUUUGUGAAUGAGGUAGCUGCCGAGGCCAAUAGCUAUGUUGAGAACAACCCAGAUGAGUAUGGAGGUAAGAAAAAAGCAGUCCUUCAUGUGCUCAGUAAUCGUGUGAACGAUUUGGGGGCUUACCGAAAAGAUGCAUAUGAGGAAUCUGAUCCCUAUAAGCCUGGGCCUAAUUAUAUGAAGGAAUUCUAUACAUAAGGUUAAAUUGAUAUAUUAUGUUACUGAAAGUUGUAAUUGUUAGUUUCUUUAAAGACUGUCAGUGUAUCUUUCCUUGACCUUUUUAUUAUAUCCAAUGGUUGUUUACUUCUUGUA